AGGCCCCUGGGGCAUUGGAGGUCCUACCGCAGCUCCUAGUAGGUAGUGGGGGCGCAGCGGCUGUCCCCACUCAGUCCUGGUGGGGUCGCACGUAACGGUCCUGAGCUAUGCAUAAGCCGUUUGACCACGCAUGGAGAAUUUUACCACCGAGAGACACGCGAGUGGCCCUGUGCAAGUUUCAACUGCGCGGGGGCGGGGAAUUCCGCAGACAGGAUUCGAGAAUUUAUGUCUUGUGUGGUAACAUUUCAGCCGGUGGGUGGCGGGGAUUAGGCGUGAAGCGGUUCAGCAGGCAGAGGUUCUCGGACGCCCUCCGGCGAAGCCACCUGUUGAUGCUUUUGACUUUCUGUCCUUGUUCCUCGUCCCAUCUGGAGCAUUUCCAAUUCUGGUUUUGCGGAGCAGCAGGUCUGAGCUUGUCCGGCGAGGGUGGGAGUUGGUCCCGGCGGAGAUCCAGUGGGAAGAGCCGGCGGCUGCCCGGGCAACUCCCCCACUGGAAAGGAUUCUGAAAGAAAUGAAGUCAGCCCUCAGAAAUGAAGUUGACUGCCUGCUGGCUUUCUGUUGACUGGCCCGGAGCUGUACUGCAAGACCCUUGUGAGCUUCCCUAGUCUAACAGUAGGAUGUCUGCUGAAGUCAUCCAUCAGGUUGAAGAAGCACUUGAUACAGAUGAGAAGGAGAUGCUGCUCUUUUUGUGCCGGGAUGUUGCUAUAGAUGUGGUUCCACCUAAUGUCAGGGACCUUCUGGAUAUUUUACGGGAAAGAGGUAAGCUGUCUGUCGGGGACUUGGCUGAACUGCUCUACAGAGUGAGGCGAUUUGACCUGCUCAAACGUAUCUUGAAGAUGGACAGAAAAGCUGUGGAGACCCACCUGCUCAGGAACCCUCACCUUGUUUCGGACUAUAGAGUGCUGAUGGCAGAGAUUGGUGAGGAUUUGGAUAAAUCUGAUGUGUCCUCAUUAAUUUUCCUCAUGAAGGAUUACAUGGGCCGAGGCAAGAUAAGCAAGGAGAAGAGUUUCUUGGACCUUGUGGUUGAGUUGGAGAAACUAAAUCUGGUUGCCCCAGAUCAACUGGAUUUAUUAGAAAAAUGCCUAAAGAACAUCCACAGAAUAGACCUGAAGACAAAAAUCCAGAAGUACAAGCAGUCUGUUCAAGGAGCAGGGACAAGUUACAGGAAUGUUCUCCAAGCAGCAAUCCAAAAGAGUCUCAAGGAUCCUUCAAAUAACUUCAGGCUCCAUAAUGGGAGAAGUAAAGAACAAAGACUUAAGGAACAGCUUGGCACUCAACAAGAACCAGUGAAGAAAUCCAUUCAGGAAUCAGAAGCUUUUUUGCCUCAGAGCAUACCUGAAGAGAGAUACAAGAUGAAGAGCAAGCCCCUAGGAAUCUGCCUGAUAAUCGAUUGCAUUGGCAAUGAGACAGGCUGGAGUGCAGUGGAGCGAUCUUGGCUCCUCCACUUCCUGGGCUCAAGUGAUCCUCCUUCCUUAGCCUCCCAAGUAGCUGGGACCACAGAUGCGUGCCACCAUGCCCAGCCAAUUUUUGUAUUUUUGGUAGAGAUGGGGUUUCGCCAUGUUGCCCAGGCUGGUCUCAAACUCUGCAGCUCAAGCAAUCCACCCGCCUUGGCCUCCCAAAGUGCUGGGAUUACAGAGCUUCUUCGAGACACCUUCACUUCCCUGGGCUAUGAAGUCCAGAAAUUCUUGCAUCUCAGUAUGCAUGGUAUAUCCCAGAUUCUUGGCCAAUUUGCCUGUAUGCCCGAGCACCGAGACUACGACAGCUUUGUGUGUGUCCUGGUGAGCCGAGGAGGCUCCCAGAGUGUGUAUGGUGUGGAUCAGACUCACUCAGGGCUCCCCCUGCAUCACAUCAGGAGGAUGUUCAUGGGAGAUUCAUGCCCUUAUCUAGCAGGGAAGCCAAAGAUGUUUUUUAUUCAGAACUAUGUGGUGUCAGAGGGCCAGCUGGAGGACAGCAGCCUCUUGGAGGUGGAUGGGCCAGCGAUGAAGAAUGUGGAAUUCAAGGCUCAGAAGCGAGGGCUGUGCACAGUUCACCGAGAAGCUGACUUCUUCUGGAGCCUGUGUACUGCGGACAUGUCCCUGCUGGAGCAGUCUCACAGCUCACCGUCCCUGUACCUGCAGUGCCUCUCCCAGAAACUGAGACAAGAAAGGGGGACAAUUCCCGGAAGUGGAAUUACAGAGUCAAAGGACAUGCAUUUUUCAAGCCUUGGAUGCAUCUUACUAGAUGUCCUAUAGGAUGGUCAUAUCAGCUUUAUAGAAGAGUAGCUGUGUCCCUGAAUUCUCCCUGACACUGCAUGCUCUUAUAUUUCCUCAAGUUUUGACAAUUUGAUAGGUGAAAAGUGGUAUCUGACUGUUCAGAACUGGAAGCCUUUGUUAUAUAAACAUUUUUUUAAUGUUUAUUGGCAAGAAUACUUUUCUAAGAGAAACAUCAGUGAGCUGGUUUCCAUUUAAGCUGAAUGAAGCCACAAUGUACCUCAAGUAUAAGAUUAACUGGCCUUUUUCAGUUGCACUCUAAUUGCAAUUUAGAAUGAUGUUUCUGAGCCACCUGUCAAACGCAUUCUGGGCUGUACCUCUGCGUACCCCAGGAAUAAAUCUCAUGGCCUUCUUUACCUGGCCUCCUUAGUGGUGGCCCAGCAGGAAGCGGGGGUUAGAGCAGGAGCCACUCAGCCUUCCAAGAUAGAUACUCCAUGGGCCGGUGGUAUUACUGGCCUUUUGAGCCCAUCCCCAUUUGCAUAGAUGAUCCACGUGGGUUAUCAUCGGGCUGGUAUGUUCCCAGAGUGAAACUCAGCAGCCCCUUGAGGGAAGGGAUGGUGGCCAUCGGGCGAGAGUAUUGCAAGUUAGUUUGGAUCAUUUGCUAAGCAGCUUGUGGUGCCUUCAGAAAGGAACAGUUUCAAAGAACUUUCACAUCUGUUGGCUCAUUUCACCCUAACGACAGUCUUCUCUUUGAUAUUUGCAUGGCAUUAAAUUUUGCCUUUCUUGUUUUCUCCAGAAAACGCUCACUCCUGGAUCUUCACAUUGAACUCAAUGGCUACAUGUAUGAUUGGAACAGCAGAGUUUCUGCCAAGGAGAAAUAUUAUGUCUGGCUGCAGCACACUCUGAGAAAGAAACUUAUCCUCUCCUACACAUAAGAAACCAAAAGGCUGGGCGUAGUGGCUCACACCUGUAAUCCCAGCACUUUGGGAGGCCAAGGAGGGCAGAUCACUUCAGGUCAGGAGUUCGAGACCGGCCUGGCCAACAUGGUAAACGCUGUCCCUAGUAAAAAUACAAAAAUGA